AAUACGAAACAACCGGAAGUGAAGCACCGACAUUAUUAUCGGUCAACAACGUGUGAUUCUCAAACAUAAUUCUAAACAGAGCCUAAAGUCUUGCUAAUAAAUGUGAUGUGAGUAUUGAAAAUGCCGCCUAAAAAGCAAAAUCAACCCAGCAAGAAAACAGAGCAGAAGAAGAAAGAGAAAGUCAUAGAGGACAAAACUUUUGGAUUGAAAAACAAAAAGGGUGCAAAACAGCAAAAAUAUGUCGCAAAUGUGACAAAACAAGUUCAGACUGGAAAUGUCAAAGCAUCUAAGACUGCUCAGGCCCAAGAAGCUGACAAGAAAAAUAAGAAACUUCAAAAAGAGAAAGAACUAGAGGAAUUGAAUGCACUUUUUAGACCAGUAAAACAAAGCGUUGCUAAAGGUACUGACCCAAAGUCAGUUUUAUGUCAGUUUUUUAAGCAAGGUCAGUGUACCAAAGGGGAUAAGUGUAAAUUUUCUCAUGACUUAAAUAUUGGUCGUAAAGCUGAAAAGAGAGAUUUAUAUACAGAUACCAGGGAAGAUGAUGUUGAGAGAACAAACUUGGUUUGUAAGCAUUUUUUGGAUGCUGUAGAGAGUGGAGGGUAUGGAUGGUUUUGGACGUGUCCUAAUGGAGGUGACAAGUGUACUUAUAAACAUGCUUUACCGGAGGGUUAUGUUCUUAAAAAAGACAUGAAAAAAGAAGAUAAAGAAGAUGAACUUUCUAUAGAGGAGUUGAUAGAAAAAGAGAGAGCAAUGUUGGGUGAUAAUACGACUAAAGUGACACUGGAAAGUUUCAUAAAGUGGAAAGAAAGAAAGAGAAGGGAGAAGAAAGAGGCUUUUGAGAAAGAAGAAAAAGAAAAGAAGAGUGCAUAUAAGCAAGGAAAAUUAGCUGGGAUUAGUGGAAGACAGAUGUUUGAGUUUGAUCCUACUAUUGCUGGUGAAGAUGAUGAGGAUGCUGAUGAUACAAUAGAUAGAGAAAAAGAUGAAGAGGAUGUUUAUGAAGGCCCAGUAGUUGAUGUGAUACUAGAAAAUAUAAAGGCUACAGAUGUAGAUGCCAGUGGUACACAAGCUUCUAAUGAAAGAUUAAAAAAUAUGAGAGAAUCGAAUAAAUUAGAUAUAGCAGCUGCCCUACCUCCUACAGCAAAUAGUACUUCAGCUGACGAACAGAUUGCAAUGGCAAUAGCAGCAACAGAAAAUGGAGAAAUUGCUAGUGAUAUACCUAUUGAUGAAGGAUUGUUCGAUGGUGACGACAUUGAUAUAAUUGAUGAAGAUUUAGAAAAUUUAGAUUUGGAUGAGGAUUGAUGUUUGUUCAAAGGAAAUUAAAUUCAUGGAUGAUUUUAUUGAAAUGUGCUUUAAAUCUGGAAUGAACAAUGUGUUAAAAACGUAUUGACCAUUUUGCCAUGUGAAGGAAGGAUCAUGUGAUGCUUACUACAUUGGACAGACACAAUAACGGCAAAUAAAACUGUUUUAAAUUGAUUAAAUUACUACAAAAACAAUCCUUCCGGUUACAGUUCUUUCAGUGUGUACGUGAAAAGUUAUAUUGUUAUGUGCCAUUUAUACUUUUUUGGUCGGUUAACUUUUAGGGGAUAGUUAUUGCUGACAAUGAUUAAUUGCUGAAACAGUCCAGUGGUUAAAAUGAAAGUGAAUAGAAAAUAGCAAUAUUGGAAAUGAUAUUUUAAAAAAGAAAACGAUGGAUGACUAUUAGAAUUAUGUCGGUGGUUCUUUUUUUGAUGCUUCCAAGAUGAGAAAACAUUACUAAUGCAAGAAAAAGUCAAUAGCAUCUCUUCUCUUCUACCACAAUAAUUUUCUGAUUAGCUGCUUCUUUUGUUUACUUUGUCAAUUCACUUUGCAAAAUGAACUAACUUGCUAUGUUGAUAUUUAAAUUUUUUCCUCUAUUCGUAGACCUGCACAGAAUAAAUUGACACCUUUGUACUGUAUCCAAAAUACAUUUUAAUUUCACAAUGUUUUCUGUCUGUCCUUCUUCAGUCACACCAUUUGAAAUGCGGUGACUAGUAAAGGUUUUUUUGAUAUAACUCAAUAUGACUGUCAUUUGCUAACCAGUAUGUUUAAACAUCAAUACCAUCCUUGCAACUGUUAUCUGAUUGAUAGACUUUAAUAUACUUGAAGUAUACUUUUAUUAUCACAAUCAGUUGCCACAAUUCAAACAUCAGUGCCAUCUAUAGAUAUUUUAUCAGCCUACUUGUUACAUUGUAUGUUACUUGUAGUACUGACAAAAUGUGAACAAAACAUCAGUUUCUAGUCGCUGUUUAAACAUCAAUUAUUAACACCAUCUUUUGAAAUGCAAUCACUUCUAGUAAACGGGAGUAAACUAAACUAAGAGUACAUCUUCAGAACAGUCCCUAGCUUCAGUUCAAAUCAAAUACUAUUAUAAACCUCACCAAAGUUUAUGUAAAUGCAUUUGCGCCAUGUAAAAUGUCUUAACUGGAGGAAGGCAGGGAAUGUAUCCAUGAAUAUAUGGUUUGGAGAUAUAACUAACAAUAAACAGCCUCUCCGAUACAUAUACAUACAAUACAACCCACUAAUAAAUAAUUUUCUAUUAUGUAACUCUAAUUACAUGUUCAUAUAAACUGCAACUACCCUCUUAAAGGAAAUGAGCCGUCUGUUUCUACUUUCUAACAAAAGAUAGAUAGUGAUGACAUCUAAGAUCAACUUCUUGUAGUAGCGCCAGUUUAUGUCUUACCCUUAGAGAGAAAGAAUGUGUUAGUGACAUCCUCAAAACUACCAAACCUUUUCAUACACAUUAAAAUUGAUGUUUGUAGUGAACUGGUCAAAUUUGUUUAUAUUGUGUGUCAAAAUUAACUGUUAAUCAUAUUUCUACCCUUUAUCUUUGACAAUUGUUAGUUCUAAUUUUUUUGGUCCAUAGUAAGCAUAUGUACAUUUGUAUCUAACAAUGCUGUGUAUUUUUCAAUAUUGGUUAUUAUAUUUGUUCAAAAGAAUUCUUUGGUUAAAUUUUACAAUUUAUUAUUUAUUAAAAUAUUAGAAGUUAUUGUUUAGAGUUUACUUGUGGGUAUUUACAAUAUGACAGAAAGAUCUAAUAACUGACUAAGAAUUAAAGAGUGUUAUUAAUGUGAGGUGUAAAUAAACAGAAACCAUGAAUAUUGUGAUAUACAUACAUAAGAAUGUACAUCUAUUUGAAUUAUUAUAUAACCUCAUAUAAAUGAGGUUGUAUAUUGUCAUUGCCGCUCAGUCUAUCCAAUGCCUUUUAAUCAUUCCACAGGUUCACAGGAUAAGACUUAAUUUUCAAACUUGCUGGGCAUAUUUAACUGCUCAUAAAUAUAAAUCCUCGAUUAAAUUUAAGAGUCCCUACCAUUGAAACCAUGUGAUAGGUUUACAUGUAAGGAUACAAAUACUGGAUACAUAUGUAGAAUAAACUGGUGUUGACUAGAAUGAUAAUAGAAUGAAACUUCUAAACUGUCUAGCUAGGACCUUUAAACUGAUUUAAAAAUGUUGAGUGCUUGACUUUCUUAUCUUGAGCACUUGACUCGGUCAGCAUGUAUAAUUAUACAUUUGUUGUAACUUUGAUAAUAUACAACACAAUUUUAAUUUCAAACUUUCUGUAUACAAAUUGAUCACUGUAGCUGAACUUACAUAAAAAGUUGGAGAUUAAACCCCAUUUCAUUUCUAAAAAUCAUAAUUAUUCUCAGAGCUUUAAAGGAAAAAUUAGAGGUUAAAAUUCAAAAAUUUAUUUCCCUGGCAAAUGUAACAAAAUAUGCAGUAAUUGCCCACCUUGUAUGUUAGACUGUACAUGUAUUUAAGAGAUAUCAAGGGGAAAAUAGGCCAUUUCAAAUAAUGUACUGUAAUUCAUCUAGCAUCUGAUUGAGCAUAUCAAUUUGGUAAUAUAUACAUUACAGUUCAUUAAUUAUUAUGGAUCUAUCUCUCUCCUACUCACAAGCUAUUCAUUAGUACUACACUGUAAUUAAUGUCAAAAAUUCCUUCAACAUCCCCAAACAUAAUGAAAUAAAAUAUACACAAUUUAAA